CACACUCCCAAACCAAAAAUGAACAGUUUAGUGUUGUGUGUAAUAUUUUUGCUAAUUUCUUGCAACGGCCUUCAACUUCCUUCCAGUUUCAAAAAAUGUGAUAGAAGAAGGAGCGAUUUUAACCGGUGUUUAAGUAAGGCUGUCUAUACGGCUGUCAAGGUUUUAGACAAGCCUUUAGAAUUGUAUGGUUUGCCAAGUUUGUAUGAUGUGGCGUUUCCUUCAGACGUUGUGGUUGAACUUGGAAAUAGUACAUAUGGACUAAGACAAAAAUAUACUCAGUAUAGAGUCAUUGGUCUUACUAAGCCACAAAGUAUAAUAGCCAGACUAGAUCCUGGCCCUUUGACUAAUACAUUGACAAUAGAAGCUAUUUACCCUAAACUUAUAUGGGACGUUGAACUGGAAGCCAAAGGAACUGUCGUUCUGUUACCUCUGAAUGUCAUAACACCACUAGAAUUCACUUUCGAGAGUCCCACGCUGACUUUCACUUUUGAAUUAGAAGAAUACCUGAAUGAAGUUACCCACUUUAAAGUGAUCGAUUCAGCCCUCGAUAUACAAGUACAUGGUCUUAAAUUUGAUUUUAAACACUUGUUUUCAAACAAGCGUCUAAAUAAGGAAUUUAAUUCGGAAUUUAGUGCAAAAGGGAUGCAAGCUUUUGUCCUUUUUAAACAUGUAGGGGCGAUUUUCGGGCCGUACUUUCAUUCUGUGUUCAAUAAUUUUCUAGAUAAAGUUCCAGUUGGUGAACUUUUCGACGGAUAAUGAAGCAUUAGAGUACGAAAAAAUAGGUCUUCCGUUUCCGUCUGUCUGUCUGUCGUCUGUUUUUUUUUUUAUUAGACAGAUAAUCUUCGAAACUACUGGACCGAUUGUUGUCAAAUUUUAUUAGGAAUAUCGUAUAAAUGGUGAAAUGCUAACCAAAAUUUGAAAAA